GACGACGGUGACGGCACAACAUUUAGGAACGGUACCGGUGGUUUUCAGUAGUGGUAAAACUACCGCCGAAAACGAACCAUCGUUGUGGAUCGAUCGUCGCGCCCGCGCGAUUCAUGUUAUUCGACUGCGAAGGUACCAUGACGGGCGUCAUUCCGGAAGAAACAAACAGCGCAGUUGAGAAUCUAUACAUGGUGAAGAUAAGUGUAGCCGUUUGUGAAAUACGGAAGCGUAGAUAACGGCAAAGUGAUGCGUGAUCUACCGAAGAGUACCACUCACGUGGUUAAGAAGGCGUCGGACAUCUUUGUCCCUGGUGAGCGGGGUCUGCAUCUGUACGGGACCGAUAAGGGAUUGCUAAGUCCCUCAAAAGUUGUGACCAACCCGAAGAACCGUGGCGGUCAUCUGGUGAGUGAUACGAUCAAGAAGUCUCCGUCGGCGAAGCAAUCGCUUCCGGCGGAACUGGCCUUGGCCGCCAGUCGUCGGGUAGCCAGUUCAAGUUCAGAAGAUGAGAAUGAUCGGGGAUUUCACGUGGAUGACGAAGAAAGUGAUGAAGUGAGCAGUUCGGAAUCAACUGCCAGUGAAGUGGAAGUGGGUUACGAAGAGGAAGAAGAUGGAACGACUUCCGGAAGGCAGGAAGAUCCGGUAGAUGACGAAGAAAGUGUUUCAAAAGCUGGAAACCAGAAUGGCGGCGAUGAGAUGGAAAGGAGUCUGGUGAUCGAAGGGGAUGACGAUAUACCCAGAGCAAGCAAGCAACGUGUCGGUAAACAAAAAGAUGAAUCUACAUGCCGUGAUGAGGACUUCACCUGGGUCAACAACCGUGGAGAAGCUCCAAAAGCUACGAUCGAUUCUGACCGUAGAUCCACUUCUCAUACCACCGUUGGAGGCCGAUCAACCCGUAGUCAUACCCAAAUUGCCGAUCCAAACCUGCCCCGGAGUCCUCUAAGUCCUAUAUUGAGUCCAUCGGGAGCUCUUGGAUGCGGUAAACCUCCUCGUCCAUUGACGGGAAGUCUUGACCGAAGACGUCACCUCGGAGCAAGUCGUCAUGAACGAGACUCCAAAAGCCGAAGUACUCACUCACUCAAGGACAAAUCUUCGUCGUCCGAACUCCAACAUCAUGACUCCCACUCAAGCAAUCUUAGCUUGAACUCCAAAGGUAAACCCUCGAGUAAGCGAUCUACAUGUGGCAAAGGAUCGAAUGAUCAGUUUUGGAAUUUUCAAGAACAUCAACACGACUCGGGCAACUACAACAACUACAACAGCAGUGGAAGCAGUCACCACAACAACAACAAUGGCCACCGACAGAGUCCAGGGAUAUGGGAACCUCCACCACCGCCCCCCGUAUCCCAUUGGGAUCCACACUACUAUUGGAAUUGGAACAACCACCACCACAGCCGAGAGGAGCUACGGUUGAUCGACUACCACCGGCGACAGCAGGCCGAACUGUAUCGGUAUGGCAGCAACGGAGCGCUGAGCAGCACCCAGGAUCUAUCCUGCUCCAGGGGAUGCUGCAACCGACCGUACUACCAACCUCCACCCCAACCAUGUUGCUCCUGCGAACACAGCCGGGCCAUGUGGGGCAAAGACUGUCAGCGUCAGGACACGGACGAGCGAUUGCGUCGGCUGCAAACGGACAAGGAAGCCCUGGCCCUGCAGGUCAAAGUCCUAACCGAGCAGGUGCAAACGCAGGGCACCAAGAUCACCGACCUGGAGCGUACGGUGAGCGAAAAGAACCAGCUCCUGUCGAACGCGGAUGACCUACUGCAGCGAGUAAGCCAAUUUGCCAAAACCGUUGGCAUCCAGAUUGACAAACAGAAAGAAAUGCUUUCCCGGUCAUCGCUGGAAACGCAAAAACUGGAACUCAUGUCGGCCAUGAGCGAACUGAAGCUGCAGCAGGCCGCCUUGGAACGUGAAAACCUAGAGCUGCGAUCUAGUCUCAUUAAUGGCACCCCACUGACCAAUGGCAGCCUCCUGAACAGCAACACCCUCAACAACAACAGCAUAGCGGCGAGCCUGCUGCGACGAACCGGACGAAUGGUCACGUCCACCCCGGGCAACUCGAUCAACUCGUCUCCCCUGCACCACGGUAGCCACGGGAAUCUCCCGCAGCAGCAGCAACACCAGCAGCUGACGGCCACCUCACCUAGUCCUGUUACACCAAAAACCCCGCCAGCGUCCUACCGGCAACGGGUGGACCUACACUACAGCAGUCUUCCACGGCAAGCCUUCGCCACCACGCUGUCGACGGCCAGCGGAUCAAGUGGGGGCAGCGUCGGUACCGACGCCAACGCCAACCCGAAGCGCAACGUAGCAUUCGCUAAAACGGUGGUCAUCGCCGACGACGACGGCGAACAUCCGCUGCCGUCGCAUCGUCCCGUGGCGCUGCCGAGCAUGUCCGCAUCCAUGAGCGCCCUCACGCUGUCUGCUGCGCUUGCCCAGUCGAAUCUCCGUUCGCUGAAACAGACCUCCGCUUCGGCGCAGAACAUCUUCUGCUCGGGUGCGUCCGGCUCCCCGUCCGACACACAACUGAUCGAUUUCGAGCAGGACCAUUCGGAACGGGCCACUACGGAGCCACCGGCAGGUGCAGCGGACAGUACUGCUGGGCGCGCAUCGGAGUCCGGCCCGAAGCUGGCCGCAGCCAGUAGCCCAACGCUACUGGAUCGAGAGUUUCAUCAACGGUCCAAAUCGCAGCCGCAACCUUUCUCCGUUUCGGCCGACCCGAUCCAGUCGACGACAUUCCGGGGAUUUUCCGUGCCAAAUCUAGCCGAAUCGGAAACCCUGUCGAGUGAUCGCCUGGACGGGCAAGCCAGUCAGCGAAGCUACACCCCGCAACCAUCGCCGUCGCCCUCGAUGAGCCACAAGAACCUGAAAGGCCUGCGGAACAUCUUCGGCAAGAUCAAGCGCAGCAACAGCGGCACCCUGGACGAUGUGGAUCCGGGCGAGUUCAAACGGGGCGGAGUCCGAGCGACGGCCGGGGCCCGGCUCGGAUGGAGUUCGGAGUUCCGACAGCCGGAUAAACCGCUCAAGGAGUGGAAUCUGGACGUGCUGUGCCAAUGGUUUGACCACCUGGGGUUGGGAAUGUACGAGGAGGAGCUGAGGCGAUGGCUGAAGUCGGGCGGGGCACCCGAGUUGGUGAGGGCGUCGCCCGUUGACAUCGAGAAGGAACUGAACCUGAAGAACCCGCUGCAUCGGAAGAAGAUUGUGUUGGCGAUAGCUGAUCUGACGGAAGGGUUGGAAGGGGACGCGUUGCUCAAGAAUGCGGGGAAACUUGAUACGCCUUGGAUAAUUAGAUGGUUGGAGGACUUGGGACUGCCACAGUACAAGGAUAGCUUUAUGGCCGCCCGGAUGGACGGGCGGAUGCUGCACAAACUUACCAUGGAUGAUCUAGUCAGUUUGCAUGUGUCUUCCUGUGUGCAUGUCGCCAGCUUACGGCGAGGUAUUCAGCUGAUGAGGGAGCAAAAGUGGAAUCCGGACUGCCUGAUUCGACGCUCGAUGAGUGAUGAGAACAACGGCACCAAAGAAGACGUCCGAUUAUGGACGUGCUACCGUGUGAUGGAAUGGCUCCGAGCGGUUGACCUAUCGGAAUACUCACCAAACUUGCGAGGCGCAGGGGUUCACGGUGCCCUUAUGAUGUACGAGGUCAAGUUUACUGCUGAAUUGCUAGCCGAACUGCUGAGCAUCCCGCCGAGUAAAACGCUACUACGAAGACAUUUGGCGACGCAUUUCAAAGAGCUGUUGGGAAGGGAUGUUAUUCAAGCCAAACGGGAUGCGGAGAAUACGCUGGGCUUCCAACCUCUGACUCUGGCUGCCAAGAUUAAGACGCCAAAGAAGUCGCAGUUCUCUCUGAAGCGCAAAAAGAGCUCCAAGGGAGGUGACGAAUGGAGCGACUACGUCUGCCCCAUGGGUGACUCAGGUCAGGAACAUCUGCCCAAUUCGCAACAACCGCCAUCAUCAUCGCAUCAAUCACUAUCCACUGCAUCCUCUUCCUCUUCCUCGGUCGGAGUGGCAACCGCCGCCACCGCCAGUGUUGCCACUGGCAAUAAUGUCACUACCAGUACUAGUACCAAUACUACCAGUGCCACCAGCAACUACCAGCAACAGCAGCACCAUCAGCAUAAUAGCUACAACUCACACCAAGCUUCUUCUCCUUACCACCACCACAACCACCGUGCUAAUACUAAUCUUGUUACUAGCAAUGCAAGCGUCGCUGAGCGUCACGAUAAACCAUUUAAUCAAGCUUGCGAUGACGAAGACUCCCUACAACACCAACCCGGACAGUACCAUCAGCAGCACCAGCAGCAGCACAGCAACCACGACCUCCGGAGUCGGGUCCGAAGUUGCUUCACAUCAGCAACAGCUGAGUAACGCAUCGUCCAGCAAUGGAGGCAGCAGCAGCAAUGGUAACAACAACGUCACCAACAACAACACGAUCGGUUCGGACUCGCCCACCUCGACGCGCAGCUCGACCACGUCCACCUCCUAGCAGCGGUUGAUCUUGGCCGGCUGCUCCAUGUCGUCGACCGCCUCGUCCUCGCCGAUACCGAGCAGCGUGCUGUCGAGCAAGAAUAACUACAACCUUAUUGCAUCCUUCUCACCGGUGAAGGAUGUUUAUAGCAAAUCGGUUUCGACCAGUUCCAACUAUUCUUCCUCGUCGUCGCUGGUGUCCACGGCGAGUUCGGCCCGACCCCAGUCCCAGCAGUCCCAUCAACAGCCGGGGCAGACGCAGUCCCAGCAACAACAGCAGCAGCUGCAGGGGGACUCGAGCGCAGGAGUUCCAGUUCAGCGAUCGGCGUCGUUCAACGCGGCCUGCACGGUUCCGUUGAGCAUAAGUAAGACUACGCAAGUGAAGAAUUCGGCAUCGUUCAGCAAUUGCUCGCUGCUGUCCAAGGUGGCCAAAAAGUCCGGACUGAGCGGGUCGUUGACGGCUACGUCGCUGUUGAAGUUCUCGGGUUCGAGUUCUGCCAACAGUUUACUGCAGUUGAAGCAGCAACAGCAAGCCAACGGGAUCACGAUAUCGAGCAACAUCACCGAGGCACUAGCGAUGGCCGGUCAGAAUCCCAAUCCCUGCCUGUCGACGAGCUCAUCUGGACAACAGCUUAGGAAUUCGCCGUCGGCUUCGUCUUCUACGUCGCUGGCUUCUUCGACGACCUCCACCGUGACUGCGGCUGCUGCAGCCGUCGCUGCCUCUGUCGGAGGCGGAUCUUCUCCGAGUUCCUCUGCCGCUGCUGCGCUGUCGCUGUCCCAGUUCACUAAGAAUAACGUUGUUGAUUAUUACGUCUAGUAUUAAGCAAACCUGUAGCCAUUAAGACGUUGGGAUGAAAUAUAUGUAUGAUUCAGUUUCUUUUAGAUAGUCGCUAUUGAGCGAGUUUUAUGUUUCUAAAAAAAUGAAAUCCACGACCUUGUUCAGUGGUGCACACAAUCAUCCAGAAUAUCUCCAAAUUUUUCCUUUCACCCUUUUCUUACGAAAUUUUGUGUACCACUGAAGAAAAAAAAACGGAAUACACCGAACGAAAACCGAUGGGAACAAUCUUGAGAGUCCCACUUGAACCGACCAGUUAUUUAAGCUAACACAACUAAGUGGACUACUAUUAACUAUUCUAAUGUGUACCUACUAGAACAGGAACGAAGUGUAAAUCGCAGCCCACAAUGAGAGGGGAUCAUUAACGUUAUUCGAGUACCAGACUUACAGACAUACAUAUGACAAUUUGAUGAUGAUGAUGAUGAUGAUGAGAGAAAUACCUUUUUUUACUGAUCGACCUUAACCAAUAAAUCAAGAAUUCUACCUAAAAGGAACCAGCGAACUAGGCUGGUGGACCGUUACCGAAGUAUUGUUCAUAAAAGUCAAACUUUCUAAUUCCGAAGUAAUUAAUCUCCCAUCAAAUUCAACUGAUCGAAUCCUUACAAACACAUUCGAAGCCAAAGACAAUAAAUUCACACAAAUAUGUGCGAGCUGAAGAUGAUCCGAUUUCUUCUCUUGAGUUAAACUUUCCCACAAACCAACAUACUUCUCGGAACUACUAUCAACACCUUUGAGUGGCCUUGUCUUGACUUCUCUGACCUUUUGUAAGUAGAUUUUUAUCUCCCCCAUGCUGCCUCAUUUUCUCUCUCUUUCGAAGGAUCAGUUUCACAACUUGGCUUUAAUAGGCAGAAGAAAAAAUAAAGUGUACUAAGCGAAAAUCUUAGCUUUAGAAAAUUACCCACAUAAGAUGAUAUUGUUGACAACUAACCAAAAGUCGUCCUACAGAGCCCCCACGCGUUUGGACGCCCCGAAUACACAGGUAGAAACGCACAGAUUUAAGCGUUCGUUGAUUGAUGACUGUUGAGUUGAUUCUCGAACGGUGCGUGCAUUUUGCUUUAACCAAAUCCAAAUGAAGUUACAAAUUUCCCUCGAAUGGACCCAGUUGAAAGAGUUUGAACCCGAAAUAAAUAGUACAUAAACAAUAACUAAAAUGAUAAACGUAAUUGAUACCAGCAGCAGUACCGCAUUUGAAGACUUUAUACAAAUCGAAAUAACCUACACAUAACUCUAAAGGGAUUAUUGAAUUAUUACAAUCGACUUAUCGAGUUAAGGAUUUACAAACACACACAUACAUUUCGGACGAAAAAAAAGAAUAGAGCAAUUCUAUCCGGGGGCGACUAUCUACACUGUAGAUUCUAUAGUGGCAUAUACAAUUUACGGAGAUGUGGCACGUGUCGCCAAGUUUGUUAGCAGUUGAUUCAAGUUGAAAUAGAUAAUAAGAUUAUUGAUGAUAACGAGAAGCAGGAGAAACCUAUUGUAAAUCAGUGAUUGAGAUAAAUAAAAUUGAUGCGAAGAA